ACUCAGCCAAUUGUAAAAACACAGUUGUCGUAAAUGUAGGAUUAAGAUACAAAUCGGCCUACAAACAGCUGAAUAUCAUAUCAGAGAUGAACUGGAUAUGUUCCAGUAGCCGCUGGUAAAAUCACAUGGUAUAUCAAUAACGUCUGGACGUAUUAACUGUUCGUAGAAGUUGCCGGGAACUGUUGUUUAGCUGUCUUUAAACGACUGUAAAGUUCAACGGAGUGUUUUCCAUGGAAUCGAUAAAACCGGAUUACGUUGGCAACAAAGAUGGCCGAAGUGUUGAGUCUAUCACGGGUGAUUUAGUUUCGGCAAGGUCGCGAUCUCCGGAAAAGGCUCGAUCCGAUUAUUUAAGAUGGGAGGAUUAUUUUAUGUCGCUGGCAGCAUUAUCCGCUCGGCGAUCGAAGGAUCCAAACACUCAGGUCGGCGCAGCGAUCGUUACCCGGGACCACAAAAUCGUUGGUUUAGGCUACAACGGAAUGCCUAUAGGAUGUCACGACGACAUUAUGCCAUGGGGAAAAGUAGGCGAUGAUUUGUCGAAAACCAAGUAUGGAUUUGUGUGCCAUGCUGAAAUGAACGCCAUCAUGAACAAGAACACUCAUGAUAUCUCUGGGUCGACUCUGUAUACCACCCAUUUCCCGUGUAAUGAAUGCGCUAAACUUGUCGUCCAGGCCCAGAUCAAGCAGGUAGUCUACUUGCACCAUAAAAAACCAAAGGACCCGAUAUACGUUGCAUCCAGCUUUCUUCUGGACACAGCUGGAGUCCGUUAUCGGCAAUUCCAAGGCGAACGAACCGAACUUGUUAUUAACCUCAACUAUUAAAAACGGUAUAUGUAUAUAUAUAUUGAUGAGUAACGAAAGACUUUGUAUUGCCUUCAGAUGGAUUGUGUUGGCAAAUCGAAAAAACGGGUCUUAAUAUUACGAGUCCCUAUAUAUUGUUCCCCUAUUUAAUUCGGUGAGCACUUUUAACACUUACGUAUAGAUACAAUAAUCCAUCUAAUCUCGUAAAAGGUCUCAACAUAAUCAGUUCACAUUAUACUGUAUAUUUCAAUUCACAACGACAAUUUCGCGCUGGAAAUUGAGGCCCACCAUCAUUGACUUUGUACUUUAAAUGGUACACUGACCAUAUCGUAGUGGCCGGUUGCCAUCUAAUUCUAAAUCUUUACAACUUGAUAGACAAUCGGCUAUUAGGCCUACUUUAUGUACACACUAAUUAUUAUUUGUCAAUUGCCCGUCUCAUUAGAUAGACAUUUUUGAAAGUAAAUAAUUGAAUGCGUUGAAUCUCA